GCACGACAAAAAACGCCGGCAAGUGGUGUCACCGCUGGAAAUGCUGUGGCCGGUGGGCCUUUGGCGUAUGUGGUGGCGACUUUGGGCGGCGGGGCUUCCCGCGGAGAGCCUGGGCCAUAGGCGGGUCGCGUCUGGCGUCUCUCUUCCCGGCAGCACCUCGCCCAGAGCCCUAAAUAUCUUCGACCGGGAUUUGAAGAGGAAACAGAAGAACUGGGCGGCCCGGCAGCCCGAGCCGGUGAAGUUUGACUACCUGAAGGAAGAGGUUGGAAGUCGGAUUGCUGACCGUGUAUGUGACAUAGCCAGAGAUUUCUCACUUGCAUUGGAUCUUGGUUGUGGAAGAGGUUACAUAGCACAACAUUUGAGUAAGGAAACUAUUGGAAAGCUUUUCCAAGCUGACAUUGCAGAAAAUGCUUUGAAAAAUUCUUUAGAAACGGAAAUUCCUACUGUCAGUGUUUUAGCUGAUGAAGAGUUCCUUCCCUUCAGAGAAAACACAUUUGACCUGGUGGUUAGCAGUUUAAGUUUGCACUGGGUGAAUGACCUUCCUAGAGCACUUGAACAGAUUCAUUAUGUUUUAAAACCAGAUGGAGUAUUUAUUGGUGCCAUGUUUGGAGGCGACACACUCUAUGAACUUCGGUGCUCCUUACAGUUAGCAGAAACAGAAAGGGAAGGAGGAUUUUCUCCACACAUUUCUCCUUUCACUGCUAUCAAUGACCUGGGACAUCUGCUUGGAAGAGCUGGCUUUAAUACACUGACUGUGGAUACUGAUGAAAUUCAAGUUAACUAUCCUGGAAUGUUUGAAUUGAUGGAAGAUUUACAAGGUAUGGGUGAAAGUAACUGCUCUUGGAAUAGAAAAGCCCUUCUGCACCGAGACACAAUGCUGGCGGCUGCAGCAGUGUACAGAGAAAUGUACAGAAAUGAAGAUGGUUCAAUACCUGCCACAUAUCAGAUUUAUUAUAUGAUAGGAUGGAAAUACCAUGAGUCACAGGCAAGACCAGCUGAAAGAGGUUCUGCAACUAUGUCCUUUGGCGAACUAGGAAAAAUAAACACUCUCAUUUCGGAGGGAAAAAAAUCACAAUAAAUAUUUUAUUCAGUAUUAA